AUGGCCACCGAAGAAAAGAAGUAUUCUGGCCAGUUUGUCCGCGAGUCGGAGCCCAAUGACGAUAUCCAACAUGGCGUCGUGACGGACAACUCGGAUGACUUGCAGCGCCAUCUGGGAAACCGACAAAUCCAGCUGAUUGCCAUUGGCGGCUCCAUAGGUACUGCUCUGUUUGUGUCCAUCGGUGGUGCUCUGAACAAAGGCGGACCCCUCGGUAUUCUGCUCGCCUAUGCUGGAUAUUCGUGUAUCAUCGCCCUCGUAAACAACGCCAUGGCUGAAAUGGCCAGCUUCAUGCCCGUCUCGGGAGGUUUCAUCCGCAUGGCUGGACAGUGGGUAGAUGAGUCGCUAGGCUUCAUGGCCGGCUGGAACUUCUUCUUCUACGAAGCCCUGCUGAUUCCGUUUGAAAUCACGGCUCUGAACGUCUCGCUGCAGUCUGCGCGGCCGUCAUUGUCUGCUACGCGUAAGAUGCCCGAAAAGAGUAGAUUCCCAAGACUGCGACUAACCCCGCACAGUGCUUGCAACGUCUUGGCUGUCAAGGCCUUUGGCGAGGCCGAGUUCUGGCUGUCUGGUGGUAAGGUGCUGCUCAUCCUGAUUCUCUACUUCUUCACCUUCAUCACCAUGGUCGGUGGCAACCCCCAGCACGAUGCCUACGGUUUCCGGCAUUGGCGCAACCCCGGCGCGAUUCCUGGAAACAAUGACCUUGCCCGAUUUGAAGGCUUCCUCGGUGCUCUGUGGGCUGCCUCGUUCUGCAUUGUUGGCCCCGAGUACAUCUCCAUGGUUGCUGGUGAGGCCAAGCGCCCGCGUGUCUACAUCAAGACUGCCUUCAAGACGGUCUACUUCCGAUUCGGCGCCUUCUUCAUCCUGGGCGCGCUCUGCGUCGGCGUUGUUCUCGCCUACAACGACCCCGAGCUCGUGUCGGUACUCAAGGCCGGAGAGAAGAGUGCGGCUGCGUCGCCCUACGUCAUUGCCAUGAAGAACCUCAAGAUCACAGGUCUUCCCCAUCUGGUCAAUGCCCUCUUGGUCACGAGCAUCUUCUCUGCCGGUAACACGUACACGUACUGCGCAACCCGCAGUCUGUACUCGCUCGCCAUUGAGGGCCGCGCCCCCAAGAUCUUCCGCAAGUGCACCAAGAACGGUGUUCCCAUCUACUGCUUCCUCGUCGUCAUGAUCUUCCCCUUCCUGUCGUUCCUGCAGCUGUCGGACGACUCGGCAAAGGUUCUGACGUGGCUGGUUAACAUCAUCACUGCUGGAGGUCUCAUCAACUACAUUGUCAUGUGCGGAACAUACCUCGCCUUCUACAAGGCAUGCAAGGUCCAGGGUCUUGACCGCAGGACGCUCCCCUACUACGGCUACCUGCAGCCGUACGGAACGUGGUUCGCGCUCGGCUUUGAGAUUUGCGUUGUUUUCGUCUACGGUUACUCGACCUUCAAGCCCGGCAACUUUACUCUCGAGUCCUUCUUCACCUACUACACCAUGGUGAUUGUGGCGCCGAUUCUGUUCGUCUUCUGGAAGCUUUUCAAGAGGACCAAGUGGCUCAGCCCACACGAGGUCGACCUUGUCUGGGACGCCCCUCUGAUUGAUGCCUACGAGGCGUCUUUCAUCACUCCACCGGUGAGCUUCUGGACGGAGAUGCUUCAGCUGGUUGGGCUGAAGCGCAACGUGCCCGUGGACAAGCGUGCUGUUUGA